CCAACAUUGAGAGAUAUUAAAGACAAGAAACAACGUAGAAAGAAGAGAGAGAGCGAGUGAGAGAUGGGAAGAGGCAAAGUGGAAGUGAAGAGAAUUGAGAACAAGAUCACUAGACAAGUAACCUUCUCCAAAAGAAAAAGUGGUUUGCUCAAGAAAGCCUACGAACUCUCUGUUCUUUGUGAUGCAGAGGUUUCUCUCAUAAUCUUCUCCACCGGUGGCAAGCUCUACGAGUUCAGCAAUGUCGGAGUUGGCAGAACCAUUGAGAGGUACUAUCGCUGUAAAGACAAUCUUUUGGACAAUGAUACGCUUGAAGAUACUCAGGGCUUGCGUCAAGAGGUGACAAAGCUCAAAUGCAAAUACGAAUCUCUUCUUCGCACUCAUAGGAAUUUGGUUGGGGAAGAUCUUGAAGGGAUGAGUAUAAAGGAAUUGCAGACGCUGGAGAGACAGCUUGAAGGAGCUCUUUCCGCAACCCGAAAACAAAAGACGCAGGUUAUGAUGGAACAAAUGGAAGAGCUUCGGAGAAAGGAGAGGGAGCUCGGAGAUAUAAACAAUAAGCUAAAGCUUGAGACAGAAGAUCAUGAUUUUAAAGGCUUUCAAGACCUACUGCUUAACCCGGUGCUCACCGCCGGUUGUUCCACUGAUUUUUCCUUGCAAUCAACUCAUCAAAAUUAUAUAUCGGAUUGCAACCUUGGAUAUUUUUUACAGAUUGGGUUUCAACAACACUAUGAGCAAGGUGAAGGAUCUUCGGUGACAAAGAGUAAUGCAAGAAGUGAUGCUGAGACCAACUUUGUCCAAUGAUGGGUUUCGUUGUCUUGGUUUGGACUCAUUGAGUCACGACGAAGCGUUUAGGUCAUUUACUAUCGGGACAUACUCUUUUUUUUUUUUUUUUUCUUUUUUUUUUUCACAAGACAUACUCUUUUCUUUAAUUUCAAUUAUUUGUUAGAGUUCUCGUU